CGGGAUCGCCGCUGACUGCCGUCGCCAGAGACACGACACGGGAAGCAGAACUGCUAACGCCGCCCCUCUGCCGCCCCGAUCUCCAUUGACAAUCGCAGCCAGUCGCUGUCUGCAAGCCCGUGGUGCUGAAAACGUCGCUCUCUUUGGCAACAAUGUAACGGCAAUGAGACAAAGCCCCGGAAAAAGCCGCACAAACAACCACACAGUGCCACAAUGGACGAUGAUCUGUUCCAGCUGAGACAGCUUCCGGUGGUCAAAUUCCGUCGCACUGGAGAGAGUGCACGUUCAGAAGAUGAGGGGGGCGGCCGGGAGCACGAGGUCCAGUUUGAGGGUGUGCGUACCAACCUGGAGUCCGUAGAGCUGGGAGACACCACUGCCGUACCCCGGGAGUUCGCCAACCCCACUGAUGACACCUUCAUGGUGGAAGAUGCAGUCGAGGCCAUUGGUUUUGGGAAGUUCCAGUGGAAACUCUCUAUUCUCACUGGGCUGUCAUGGAUGGCCGACGCCAUGGAGAUGAUGAUCCUCAGCAUCCUGGCACCACAGCUGCACUGCGAAUGGAGGCUGCCCAGCUGGAAAGUGGCUUUGCUGACUUCGGUUGUGUUCAUCGGGAUGAUGAUCAGCUCCUCGCUCUGGGGGAACUUAUCGGACAAGUAUGGCAGAAAAACAGGCUUGAAGAUGAGCGUGCUGUGGACUAUAUUCUACGGCCUCCUCAGCGCCUUUGCCCCGGUCUACGGCUGGAUCCUCUUCCUCCGGGCCCUUGUGGGUUUCGGCAUUGGUGGCGCCCCACAGUCGGUAACACUGUAUGCGGAGUUCCUCCCCAUGCGAUCCAGAGCAACCUGCAUCCUGCUCAUCGAGAUUUUCUGGGCACUAGGCACGGUGUUUGAAGUCCUGCUGGCUAUCCUGGUGAUGCCCACACUCGGCUGGCGCUGGCUGCUUGCCCUGUCUACGGUGCCCCUCAUCAUCUUCGCCAUCCUAUGCUUUUGGCUACCUGAGAGCGCCCGCUAUGAUGUGCUGACUGGCAGCCAGGAGAAGGCCCUGGCCACGCUCAAGCGCAUCGCUGUGGACAACGGUGCCCCCAUGCCCCUGGGGAAGCUUGUGGUUGCCAGACAGGAGGACCGCGGUAAAAUCCAGGACCUCUUCUCUCCACACUUCCGCUGGACCACCAUCCUGCUAUGGUUUAUCUGGUUCUCUAAUGCCUUCUCAUAUUAUGGCCUGGUCCUGCUGACCACAGAACUGUUCCAAGCAGGAGAUGCUUGUGGAGUGUCCAAGGGUACCAAGAUGGAGCCCAGAUGUAGUCUGGAGUGUAAGUACCUGACGUUCUACGACUACAAGGACCUGCUGUGGACCACCCUGUCAGAAUUCCCAGGAUUGCUGGUAACCCUGUGGGCGAUCGAUCGGCUCGGGAGGAAGAAAACCAUGGCUCUCUGCUUCCUGGUGUUCUCCCUGUGCAUACUACCCCUGUACGCCUGCGUGGGACGGAUGUCCCUUAUGGUCUUGAUAUUCAUCGCCAGAGCGUUCAUCGCUGGAGGAUUUCAGGCAGCGUAUGUUUACACCCCAGAGGUGUACCCUACUGCUACCAGGGCACUAGGGCUGGGAACCAGCAGUGGAAUGGCCAGGGUUGGCGCUCUCAUCACGCCAUUUGUUGCACAGGUGAUGCUGGAGUCAUCGGUGUAUCUGACGCUCUCGGUGUACUGCUGCUGCUGCCUGUUAUCCGCUGUGGCCUCCUGCGCCCUGCCCAUCGAGACCACGGGCCGAGGUCUCCAGGAGUCCAGUCACCGGGAAUGGGGUCAGGAGAUGAUGGGGCGAGCUGCCCACAGCCCUGAGGGCAUUCCACGAUCCAGCUCCGGAUCCCAGGACUGAUUUUGGGGGGGGGGGGGAGGGGGGGAUUGCCAGAGGCUGGGUAACUCUAAAGAUCAGGUGCAGCUGGGUGAGGUUAUGUUUGAGGGAUGUAACCCUAUACCCUACUGGUGUCAGUUUGAGCGUGUACAUAGGUACUAGUAUGGCAAGGAGUAACAUCAUCUGCAGUGUGUGAGAGUCUCCCGAGUUUUCUUUUCUUUUCAAUCUUUCACCGUUGUUGCUGCCAUGAUGAGGCCAAUCCCAAACAUUGCUAAUAUUUCCUUAGUCUCCAGGUCGGAAAGGGUAGCUGAGUUUGGGAGUGCCUGAACAGAGGAGCUGGAGAGGCUAAUGUUUAACGUUAAACCAGCCAAAUUCUGAACUGGGGUGGGGGAGGUGUCCCAGAGCUGUCCAAACUGGUGCACAUAGCAUCAAAUGUGCUUCUUUUAGACACCAGUAACUAUCAAAACAGGUAAAGUUUAAAAAAAGUGUAUAUACAUAAAUAUAUAUUAAAAAAGCGGUCUUCUCUGGCCAAUCUGCAUCAGCAUGAUGAUGUCAUCAGCACCACCAGGGGCCUCCAUUUUCUCAGUGUCUGUGCAAAGUGUAGCGUGAGCAGAUUUAGUGUAAUGCCGGAAAGAGACCUGUCCAGAGGAACUGAAGCUGCUUCGCUGACUGAAAACUGUCUUUUCCCCGCAGACAUUACACUUUGAGACUUUCAGGUGUGUUGCUUCAGAUAAGGACGACGGCCAUAGUCCAUGUGAGACACCUUUUUUCAACAGUUAUUGGAUUUUAUUGCCCUAUUUUUAAUUCCCCGUAAUCGUCACCCUCACAGCGUUGUUUUACAGCUCAGCUUCACGUCAUAAACCAGAGCCAACUGUGCACUGCCGUCCAACCCGGGGCAGUUAAUGUUCUUCACUUGUUUUAUUUCUUUGAGCAUUUGUUGAGGGAAUAAGGACUUAAGCACGCCUCUGUACUUCCUUCAUGCCGGCCUUUGCGAUUUAGUGCCACACAACUGUCUGCACACUGAUUCUUGCCACUACACUGGCUGUAUAUGUGUAAAAUACAUCAAUAAAUUCUGUUUUAAAAA